AUGCGCUGGAGUCCAGCGCCGCCGUACUCCGCCGCUGUGUCUCGGCGCGUUUUGCAUGACGACCGCCGGGCGGAAGGAAGCGCGGGCACACACGCUAUUUCCGGCGUGGUGACGCGCGGGCGGAGGAUGCUGGCCGCCGGCGACGCGGAAGCGACCGUGGAGGCGCAGAGAUUCUUCAUAUAUUUCUCCAUUCUUCAAAGCCAGGAUAAUUUUCAAGGGUGGAUGACAGAACCAACCAGCCUUUCUGCGGGUGCAGAACAGACACACAAAAAAGAGAGCGUUGCCAUACAGUUCAUGAAGCAUGAAAAGGAAGUUGGUGUUUCUUCUAACGAACUGGGUUCAGCAAACACAGCUACUGACCAGAAAGAGCAAUCUACAUCAGAAAUAAGCAAAGAGUAUUUGUACAGAAGUACAGGGAGGCCUGAGAAGACAGAUAUGAUUAAAUCACUUGUGACAGAUCAGGAUUCAUCUAGAAACUGUGAACUGUAUCUACCUGUGUCUAGUAGUUGUUCAGCAAUGGAGUCAUCUGAGGACAGUGAGGAGGACAUGUAUCGUGACGCAGAAGAAAUAGAGAGAGAAAAAAUACUACUUUGUGAGACAACCUCUUCAGAAUAUAAACUAAGUGUUGCACCUGAAAUGGACAUCAUGGAGUAUUGCAGAAAAGAAUGGAGAGGAAAUACACCAGUAGCAAAACGGAUGAGAAAGGGAUAUGAAGCAGUUGCUCAGAAGUUUGCAUCUAUAAGGAGAGUACGAGGUGAUAACUAUUGUGCUCUCAGAGCAACUCUGUUCCAGGCACUGAGCCAAGCUACCCAGUUACCAAGCUGGCUGCAGAGUGAGGAUUUUACUAUGCUUCCUGAAAACUUGAUGAGCAGAUAUGACUGGAUCAAGCAGUGGCAGCUAAAACAGAAACUGGGCAGGAAGAUGGGAGAAAUAAGUGAUGAAAUUAAAGAAUAUUUAAUACUACUAAGGAAAAAGUGGAAGAAUAUAAGUGAAAUCAAGGGUCCUACUGAGAAACAGGAAGCUUGUGAUAAAUUGUUUAAAAAUGAAGAGGAGGAGUAUAGUCUUUAUGAAGCACUGAAAUUUUUGAUGCUUAACACCGCCAUCGAAUUAUACAAUGAUGAUAAAAAUGGAAGGAGAGUUCCUGUCUUCUCAUGGUUACUGUUUGCACGGGAUACAUCUAGCAACCCUUGUCAGUUAAUGCAUAAUCACUUGAAUCAUAUUGGUCACAGUGGAGGCCUUGAACAAGUGGAAAUGUUUCUCCUUGCUUAUGCUCUGCAGUAUACCAUCCAAGUGUAUCGACUGUAUAAAUAUAGUACUGAUGAAUUCAUCACACUUUAUCCCAAUGAUCCAGAGGAGGGCUGGCCUGUGGUGACUCUCAUAACAGAAGAUGACAGACAUUAUAAUAUUCCAGUCAGAAUGUGCCAAGAGACUGUGCUGUAAACAAGUGAUUUUUGGCAGACAAACCUGUGCUGCGUAUUGAGGUUUCCAGUGCUAUGUUGAAACAGGAUGAUGAUGAAAUCUGCGUUAUUAAAUCUACAACUUGAAAUCCAUAUUUCAGAAGUUUACAUCUGAACCGAAAUAUCAACUAGGUACUAGCUUAAAGAGUAAAAACUUUGCAAGUAUGGCUUUUGUUGCCCAUAAAAAAAAUAAAAGGAAACUUCUGCAAUCCUUUUUUUGAAGGGCUUACUCUGAAUAGGAAUGCAAAAACUAUAGAUAUACUUCUUUUAAGAAGAUAGGUGAGGCUCUGUGGUAAGACAUGAGCUGAUCUUCUGCUUCCCAAAAUGUUGAGAUAAUGAUGAAUUGAAAUUUCUGGAAAAGUAAGCUGGCAGUAUCCUGACUGAUAACUGUAAUGCUGCUGAGAAGCAAUUUAUACAAAUCUUGAGUCUCAAGAAGGAAUAUAAUUCUUUUGCAGUUGGAAUUUAAUGCCUGCCAUGGUUUAUGCUGUAAGAGAGAUGUUAAUUAAAGUAUUCUAAUGCUUUGGAUUUUUUUCCGACAUUAAUAUCUCUUAUGUAGAAGCCAGUUGUCUGUUACACUGAAAAUGAAGAGCUCUUCCCCUUUCAACCCCUUGAGAGGAUCACAGUGAAGAGGCUUGUUAAUAACGGAGUAUAAAAGUUGUUUGUUAGUAGGUCACAAAUUCAAAACCUAAGUAGAAUUCUCUCUUCCGUUAUGAUAGCUGAUAUGAGAUAACCAUGUGCCCACUAACUUCCAUGUCUGUUCAUAUUACUGUUCCUGUAAUGAUAUUCCUCACUGGUAGCUGCUGUGGAGAACAUCAGGAUUUUAAUUUGUCCAGGGAGUGCAUUAGAUGGAAGUAAACUUCUGGUGCAACUUCUCCACUCUUGGGAGGAGUAUGUGGGAGGUUCUGUUUCAGUUUAGAAUUAUUCAUUAUGCUUUAAAUUGAAGGAAUACAGAAUAUAUCAGAUUCUGGGAGUACUGACAUACCCUAAAAAAUAAUGAAGUAAUAAAACCUUCACAUUUAGUUUAAAGUGGAAGUAUGCCCUGGAGAUGAUUCUCAUAACAAGAGAGUGAAAGUUGAUUUGAAUGAAAUGCUGGUCACUUGGCUUCUCUCAGAAGGCCUUCUUGUAGGAAAGGGAUAAGAUUAUAAAAACUACUUUUCAUUCAAAUAUUCUGGAGGAAAUGACAUGCAAAACUUCUGGCAUGCAAAACAUCAAAUUUUCCUGUUCUACUUCAAAUUAAAUUGUUAACUUUUUUCUUUUAUUAUGAAAGGUAAUUACACAAUGAGAAAGUGUAUUCACUGUCUUCUAAGGUGUGUUUUCGACACAUCUUAAUGAUGUGUCUAAUCUUACGUUAAUCUUAGCAUGUCUAAUCUUAAUGACAUGUCUAUCAUGUACUCAGUGUUAUAUUUAUCAUGUUGUCUUUGCCUUUUAAAAGAACUAGUUUGAUCUGUUACCGAAAAUUUCUGGGCACUACAAGGAAUAAAAAUAAACCAAUUCAUCUGGCAGUA